CAAUAUAGCUCGAUCGGUUUUAGAGUGCCCUCCAAAAUAUCCUCCACAUAAUUGACAGUUCUAGCUACUACAACAUUCAAAACGCGCAGUUGUACUAGCAUGCAUAUGUUCAGAUCUCUCGCUCGCGUCGCGGCGUCGGCACAUGAAAAAGCUAGCGUGAGAGGUGGCGGCGGAUUCGCGGCUGUGCGUGUGUGUCGCUGCCGUGCCGUCAAAGGGUGCGGCGGCCGGCCGGUGGGUGGAUGCUGGAUAGCGUACACACACCGGCCAUGCAUCAUGUCAGUUGGAGGAGGAGGAGGAGACGGUGAAAGGGGUAAAGAUGAAAGGAGAUCAAAGGAAAAUGGAAGGGCCCUACUUAUGGCAUCACAGCAGCAGGAGAGAUUGGAAAUAAACUGCAGCUACCUGAGGCUCCGGAGUAUGGCAUUAUUAGCUAGGUAAUGAGCUCCAUGUCCUUUUCUCUCCGGAUCCAGUGGCUAAUCCUGUCCUCCUGUCUCUCCUCUCUCCAGCUUUGCUUCACUUACACUUACACCUCACCGUGCUCCCUCUCCCGGCAAGAAAUCUCUCCCGGUAGGGUAAAGCAGCCAGGGACCCUCCUCCUAGCUUAGCUAUUGUUGCACUCACACUCCAAGCUGGAGUAGCUAGCUGCUGCUUGUGAGGGAGGUAUGGAGAGGAGGAGUCAGCUGGGAGGAGGAGAAGGCGAUGGCAAGCUCGUCGUCGGCGGCGGCGCCAUGGGCGAGAAGAAGCAGCAGCUGGAGUGCUUCUCUGACGAGGUGGACAGCCGUGAUGGUGGUGGUGGCGCGGCGGAGGAGACGACGGCGGGCGGCGGCGGCGAGGGUGUUGCUGCGGUGGUGGUGGUGGGUAAGAGGAGGAGGGGGCGGCCGCCGGGGUCCAAGAACAAGCCGAAGCCGCCGGUGGUCGUCACGCGUGAGGCGGCGGCGGCCGAGCCGGCGGCGGCGGCGGCGAUGCGGUCGCACGUGCUGGAGAUCCCGGGCGGCGGGGACGUCGCCGGCGCGCUCGCGGGGUACGCGCGCCGCCGUGGCCUCGGGAUCUGCGUGCUCGCCGGGACGGGCGCCGUCGCCAACGUCUCGCUCCGCCACCCGUUGCCUUCCGGCGCCGCGGCGGAGAUCGGCGGCGGCGCCGCCGCCGCCGUGGUCGUGUUCCACGGCCGGUACGAGAUCCUCUCCAUAUCGGCGACGUUCCUCCCGCCCGCCAUGGCCGCGGCGGCGCCACGCGCCGCGCUCGGCGGCCUCUCGAUAUCUCUCGCGGGGCCACACGGCCAGAUCUUCGGAGGCGCCGUGGCGGGCCCGCUCGUCGCCGCCACCACCGUCGUCGUCGUCGCCGCCGCGUUCGCCAGCCCCACGUUCCACCGCCUCCCCGCGGAAUACGACGACGCGCCGGCGCCCGUCUCCGGCAGCGGCGCCGACGCUGACGAACACCGCGGGCGGCGCCGAACGGAGCCACCGGAGCACCAUCACUUGACACCGCUGCAUCCGCGCGGCAUAGCUCUGGCGACGGCGACGACGACGACGACGACUCAACCUGUGUACGCGUCAGCGUGCCAGCAUGAAGAGGUAUGGCCGCCGGCGGCGGCGGCGGCGGCGGCGAGCGCACCACGGCCACGGCCGCCGUACCAAUAGCUAAAUCGAAGCUAGUGAUGCAGUGCUUGCGUGAUGACAUGCAAGGCCAAGGCAAUCCCUUUGAUCUUCUUGCAAAGUUGCAUAGAGUAUCAAAAUAUAUCUAGUUAAUUGAUGUUGGCUCACUAGUAAAAGUCAUUAGGGUUUUUAACUUUGCUGUUUACCUCACGAAGGGUUGACGACUCAAUGUCUGGUGAGAUCGAAAAUUUGGAAUGUGUUUAUAUUUUCUACUAUUUGUUGCUUGGACAGCUGAAAACUAAUUUGGAACUGAUUUUGAAUUUUAGACUA